UAGUAUCUUCACUCUUCUCCCACACACCCCAAUUGUCUUUCUCUCUCACUCAUUUUUUCUCGAAGGAGGCCAUAACAAUGGCGCGCCUCUUGGUCUUGGUCUUCGUGAUUUCGUCCGUGAUUGCCUCCGUCGCCGGAUCGAACGCCUUCUUCGCUGAUGAUAAUCCGAUCAGGCAAGUCGUAUCGGACGGCUUACAUGAGCUGGAGAGCUCAAUUCUCCAAGUCAUCGGCUCCACUCGUCAUGCUUCAUGCUUCGCUCGCUUCGCUCACAAGUACGGGAAGAGAUAUGAGAGUGCUGACGAGAUUAAUCGGCGCUUUGGUGUGUUUAAGGAGAGUUUGAAGAUGAUUAGAUCUCAUAACAAGAAAGGACUUCCAUACAAGCUUGGUGUUAACGAGUUUGCUGACAUGACAUGGAAUGAGUUCCAAAAGCAUAGGCUGGGAGCUGCUCAAAACUGCUCUGCUACAUUAAAGGGCAGUCUCAAGCGCUCAAAUUCCAUCGUCCCUGAGACUAAAGACUGGAGGGAGGCUGGAAUAGUUAGCCCUGUCAAGAAUCAAGGCAGUUGUGGAUCUUGUUGGACAUUCAGCACCACUGGAGCCCUAGAAGCAGCUUAUGCCCAGGCAUUUGGGAAGAACAUUUCCCUCUCUGAGCAGCAGCUUGUGGAUUGUGCUGGAGCUUUUAAUAACUUUGGCUGCAAUGGUGGGUUGCCAUCGCAAGCCUUUGAGUAUAUCAAAUAUAAUGGUGGUCUUGACACUGAGGAAGCAUAUCCUUACACUGGAAAAAAUGGUGUCUGUAAGUACUCUUCUGAAAAUGUAGGCGUGCGAGUCUUUGAAUCUGUUAACAUCACCCUGGGUGCCGAAGAUGAAUUAAAAUAUGCAGUUGGGCUCAUUAGACCAGUUAGUGUUGCAUUUGAGGUGGUUGAUGGUUUUAAAUUAUAUGAGAGUGGAGUUUAUACCAGCAAUUCUUGCGGGAGUGAUCCCAUGGAUGUGAACCAUGCCGUUCUUGCUGUGGGCUAUGGAGUGGAAAAUGGCACCCCCUAUUGGCUCAUCAAGAACUCAUGGGGAGAAGACUGGGGUGACCAUGGGUACUUCAAAAUGGAGAUGGGAAAGAACAUGUGUGGUGUUGCAACUUGUGCUUCAUAUCCUUCCGUUGCAUGAGUGUUACUCUUGCUACUUGUCUAGCUCUCUCGGAGGCUUGAGAUUGCAAUCUAUAUCCUCCCAUAAUAAGGAAUCCAGGCUGUGGCUUAUACGCAAAAUUCAAUCUUAGCUUAGUUGUAAUAUAGUUGUUUCAAACUUGUGUGGAACAUAAGACACAAAAUGAUCGAAAUACUGGGUAUUUGUCUCUGUGCAUGCUAUAUGGACAAUGCUUCCUUGUAAAUUUAACUUCUCCGCAAGUUAUUGAAAGAACUUAUUUAUAUUGUUGGAG